AUGCAGUCAGAGGAGUCUCCGCCAGAACUCAAUAUCCCAUCCUCGCCCAAUUGUGAAAUCGGUUUAAGUCCUGACGAUCCAGUUGAUCUGGACAAUCUUCUCCGCGUAGAGAAAGAGAUGCAAGAGAAGGAUGAAAUACUACCCGACGAAGUUCAAGCCGCGAAUCCUGAUAAAUCAGACAAGUUCUGGAAGAUCGUAAUCAGCUCCUUCAGAAGGCGGAAAUAA